AGCCAUGUUUAGGAACUUGAACCAAUAGAAAAAGCCACUCUUUUUUUUUUUUUUUUUUCUCUCUCAUUUCAGAUCAGCUUGGCCAUGAAAUUCAAUAAAACCCCAUCUUUAGUUUGAUACUCCCAAAGAUCCGCUCUCAUUGGCUUUUAAGAUCUGCUCUUUAACACCUCACAUUUUGCAAACAAACUUCCUCCUCCAGCAAUACCACCUUUCUUUACUGAAAGAGUGACUGACCCUCCAGUUGUAUCUCAGAAAAUGAGGCUUUUCGGUUGGGUGCAAGGUAAGCUUAAUGGGAAGCAGGGGAACAAGAAACCAAAUACAGCUUCGACUAGUACCCAUCUUGUAAAACCAGAGCCUCGUGAAGAAUUCAAUGACUGGCCUCAUGGUUUACUAGCAAUCGGAACUUUUGGAAACAACAAUUUGAAAGAGAAUACUGAUCAUCGAAGCCAAAAUAUUCAGGAAGAACCAUCUUCAUCAGAUGAAAUACUAGAAAAUUUCACUCCUGAAGAAGUUGGUAAGUUACAUAAAGAGUUAACGAAACUCUUGACACGAAAACCAGACAUUGAAAAGGAAAUUGCAGCUCUUCCGUUGGACAGAUUUCUAAAUUGUCCAUCAAGCUUGGAGGUUGAUAGGAGAACAAGCAACGUGCUUUGCUCUGAUUCAGAUGAUCCCAAAGAUGAAGAUAUUGAGAAAACCAUUAGUGUUAUACUUGGUAGAUGCAAAGACAUUUGUGCAGAUAGUAACAAGAAGGCGAUUGGGAAGAAAUCACUUUCUUUCCUUCUCAAGAAGAUGUUUGUUUGUAGAAGUGGAUUUGCACCAGCACCAAGUUUGAGAGAUACAUUUCAAGAGUCAAGAAUGGAGAAGUUUUUGAGGCUAAUGCUUAACAAGAAGAUCAUCAAUCCGCAAAGUUCUUCUCGAGCAUCAUCAAUGAAGAAAUACCUUGAGGAUACUAGACAAAGUCCAACCAAGAAGGGAAAUAAUAAUGAAGAAAAUACAAAAGAGAAAAUCAAUGAUGGAUGUAAAUGGGUCAAGACUGAUUCUGAAUAUAUAGUCCUAGAAAUAUGAGUCUCCUUCUAUCUUUAUUUGGCUUCUUAUCAGUUAUUACAAGCUUCAGAAAAGUUCAUGCCUCCCAUUUAUGAACUCAAAUACUUGAAAGUGCAAAAAGUUCGAGAAAUUUCAGAUCAGGGGCAACAAAUCAUCAAUAAGUUCAUCCUCAUCGGCUUCUGAGACAGCAUUUCUUUUUUCUUAACGGGUGGUUCCCGUUUCUUUUUUCAUGGUUGCAUCUGUGGAAACAGUACAACACAUGUUAUGGAUUAUCAAGGGAUAGAGGAUUAUCUCUAGUGAUAUGUGCUGGCAAAUUGAGCUAGACAAUAUCUACAUUUUUCAUCCUAUUUUAUACACGGUUUUCUGUGUCUUCUCUCUAUCUAUCUUUUCUUUUUUGACUGAAUUGCUCACUUUGUAAUAUAUUUUGAGGUGAAUAAAUACUAGAUUGACUUGCAUGAUC